AUGGCCCGUCAUGCUUAUCGUGGAGAUACAUUAUCAUCACUGUUAUCUUUGUCCAACAAACAUUGUACUACUAAUUUUAAUUUGUAUAAAGGGCGUCUCUCACCAUCAUCCUUAAGUUCUAUAGAAACAUCAAUUCAAUUGAGUGAUCUAACAGCUAUAUCCAAAGAAGAAGCACAACAAGACAAACAAGAUGUUGUUGACAAAGCAUGUUCAUUACCAAAUCCAAUAGCAAGUAUUGAAUAUCAAGAGAAAGAGAUAUUUAUUGAUCCAAUAACUACAUACAAAACAAAAUCACAACAAACAGAACAAUGUGUUAAUGAAAAAGAUGCAGAUUCAUUAUUAUGUACACAAGCAAAUGUUGAAUAUAUAAAUGACAAUAUUUUAUUGAAUAUUCAAAACAAAAAUCAAUUGGCAUCGAUUGAAAGAACUCGUCAUUAUUUAUCUCGUCCACAAAUUGAAUCCGAAAUAUUCAAUAUGAUCAACAAUAUCCUGUUAUCUGAUCCUAACCAAAAAAGUUCAUCGUUAUAUGUUGCUGACGCUCGAUGUCAUUUUGAUAUAUUAUUUGACAAGUGA